CUCAAUUCGUAUGAUUCUCAUCCAUUCGUAUCCCAGAAUUGGUUUCACUUAAUUUUGAGAGUUAUAGAGGGUUAUUUGGGACAAAUUAAGAGUUUUUUUUUACAAUGGCAACGGUAACAGUAACGAAAAAUGAAAACAUUAAGAAUAAAACAAAGGAGUUUCAAAAGGCUGUGAUUGACAAAGAUCUUGAUGUAGUUCUGAAGAAUGUGAAGAAGAUAGAUAACACAUGUUCAUUUACAAAGUGCAAGACGCGAACCAGUGACUUUGCAAUCACAUGCAAAUAUUGUAGUGGAAGAUUUUGUACUACUCAUGGUUUACCAGAAAUCCAUGGAUGUGGUGAUGCUGUGAGGAAGGAUGAAAAACAAAAGUUUCUUCAUCCAGGUAUAAAACUGAGCCAAGAAAAGCACUCCCAGGCUUCAACUAAGCUAACAAUGAAACUGAAGCAAAUGGAACUUGAAAGAAAAGCCAAGCCAUCAAAAUCAAAAAAGAAGUAGUCUUAAGUUAUAUAUUUAUUUAUUAAAAAGAAACACAAUAAGAAAAAGAUAAUAAAUUUACAUAGCAUAAGUA